ACGAGCACCAUUUUGAACGCAAACGACGCGCGUUUUUGUUAAUCUGUAAAAUUUUAUUGUAUUUUGUAUUGUAAUUGUUUUGCUAAACUCGCGCGAUAUGGAUAAAAGUACGAGCAGCCGCAGUAGCAGCAGCAACAUGGACCAAAACUCGUUGGGCAUUCUAAGCAUGGACAAUCUUAGAGUGUUUGGUGAUUUGUCCAAUUUAUCUAAGAAUAGUAGUGCUAAUAAGAGUAGAGAAAAUACAGAUGUUCAUGAACGACUCAAGGCGGGACGGCAAAAGGCAUUGGAGACAUUGGAGAAACCUCGAACGCGUCUCAGUUAUCAGGCAGGAUCAAUGGAAAGAAAUUAUAAUCUCGGAAAAGCCAAGCCCACCAGUCGUGCAAGUGCCGCGCCCAAUAGUGUCGGAAAUUACACCAAUAUAUCUGAUCUGAUCACUGAAGAAACGAUUGAUUUAAACUCGAGCGGUUCCCUUUUACUGGAAACUCCAGCGCCAACGGGCUCAAACGUAUUCUUUGAGCCAGGCGAGAUUACAGGUCGUUCAACACUCUGCAGGAAUGAGUCGCGAUCGUCCAAACAAAGCAGUCAAAUCUCUGUGGCAGACAUAUUAAAGUCAUCCUUUGUCGAGAAGGCGCGGGUGCAAUUCGCCAAGCGGCUGGAGAACGCGCCCAGCGAUGAGAAUACAAACACCAGUACCAUAAGUGAUUCAUUUAGCUACUCUCGCAGUUUGCCGCGUACUGCGGACUUGAGCAACAUGAGCCUCAAUGGCGGCGGUGGCUUCUCCUUUAACUCGGCAGCCGGACAAGGCUUCGACGAGAGUUUCGCUCCCGCUGAAAUGAUGCAGUCCAAGCUGGUGAUGGGAGAAAUCUCUUGGGCACAAGAAUUUGCGGCUGUGCCAACGGCAACGCUGAGCAAACAGGCAUUGCAGAAAAUUGCAGCACCACCGCAAACGCCAGAAAUAGAGACAUCAGUGUCCAACUCAAUUAUUGCAGGCGAUCCGAACUUUUCAUUGGGCAACUAUUUUCAAAUGCGCUCGGAGAGCAUUUCGAUGUUUGUAAGCAACGAUAAUCGCAACAGAAACCAACCAGAAGUUGCUCUUGUAGAACCACAAACAGUGGCAAAUAGCGUAGUGGAAAUAACGCCACAUAUCGAGAAUAAAACAUACACAAAGGCCGAAAGCGCCAAGAUGGAACGCAAUCUAAUGAAGAAAAUGCAGCAGGAUAAGUUUAACAAAGCACUGCAAAUCGAAGGAAAGAAGAAGCCACCAACUAGCUCGGAACUGCUCAGCCUGUCAGCAAUAGAUGAAGCUCUACGAAAUCUGGAUUUGUAUUCCGACACUUCUGUCAACGACGUGGUCGAGAGGCUUCGUCACCAUGGAUAUGAUCACGACAAAGAUGACGAAAACAAAGAGAAUGAAAUUGCCGACAGCACACUAUGUAAAUCAAAGUCGAAACUCAUGGAUACAAUGAGCUUCACGGAUUCCUUGUUGAAUACGACUGAUUUUAAGGAAAUUCAACACAGUAUUGCGGUGCCAACAAAACGUCAACCUCUGAGUCCGCUGGCGGACCUCAGCAAUCCAAAUAUUCUGGUGACGCCUUGUGAUGGUCACGAUGCCGACAUUGAUGAAUGGCCCUCUACUCCAGUGAAGUCGCCAGGACGUCGUGUGCGUCACACCAAAUCUCCAAACUCUCAGAGAGUCGUUAGUCCAACAAGCAGUGAUGGAAUUCAGCCAUUGCCGACUACUGAUGAGGAUGAUGACGAAGACAAGACUCCGGUAAACAAGAAACACAGUGUUUCUGUGGCAACCGCUCGCAAUCAGAAUUCCUUCUGUUCGACACGGCUUGAUGGCUGCGAUGCUGUGCCCUCGUCUACGGAAUGUGACUUUGGAAUAUCACCAAACCUAGUGAAAAGUGUGCGUAAUGUGUCGCCGUUAUCCUCUCCCCGUAGUUGCCUGUCGUCGCCUUUGCUGGACAGUACAACAAAUUCUGAGCGUCGCAUGUUGCUUUCAGGUGCUGGUAAUGGUAAUGCCUCCACUGUGGCCAGAAGGGUCAACUCUUCACCGGCUGGCAGCGAAGCUAGCUCCACGAGUGGAUUUAGCACAUUGCGCAAGGGUGUUAACGGCACUCAAUCAAGUGGAGCUCCACGCAGCAUGUCCCGCUGCUCAAACUCCAGCGAGUUUAGUCAUCGAGAUGGAAAAAUACUGCCCCUAAAGGUGACCCACACCAGCCUGGGCUGGGGCAGCACUAAGCUACGCACGGAUGUGCGCAAGUCCAUGCAAAUCAAGAACACAUCUGACAAGCGUCUGAUGGUACGUUUGUGCAUACAAGGACCCGGAUUUCAGUUGGUUGGCGGCGAUAGCAACACUAUCACGUUGCAGUCAAUGGAAUGCCGCAGCAUCUGCGUCAACUUCUGUCCGACGGUCAGCGGAGCAGCCAUUGGAGCACUCUCUUUUUAUGCGCCCUAUGGCGCCAAUAACUGCCAGCAGCCUGGCAUGGAAAUACCGCUGUACGGCUACGGUGGCAACGCAUCUGUUACCAUUCAAGGGCUGCUCAAGGGUCCGGUUGGCGCAAGCUUCCUAACCGUUGGCAAUGUAUGUGAAUUGGCCUCCGGUCCACUGACUGCCUCCUUCAAGUUUUACAAUAAGGGACCGUUGACAGCCUUUGCUGGCAUCACAGUUGACUCCACAGUGUUGCUGAAGCCACGACUGAAUGCGGCAUUCGAGGUGCGUCCCAGCAAGAUUAUUUUGCCCACAAACAGUGAGGCCGUGGUCCAGAUUAUAUUCCGACCCAAUCGUGAGGAUAUCAAAAACAUACUGAAAAAGACAUCGCAGGUGCUGACGUUGGCAAAUAUGCGAAUCUUCUGCGGAGAUGAACCCAACAGGCAGCGCAUGCGUGCCUUGGUACAGCGCAUGUCCGGCGAGCAGCGGGAGCAGUUGACCUCGUCAAUGCUGGACAACAUUUGGUGCAGCUUUCCAGCUGAGCAGCCCAUACGCAGCAUUGCCAUGUUGAACGAACCGCCGGAGCUUAUACUGGAUCUGGUGACGGGAGUCCGGAUAGUAGAUGUGGCCUUGACCCUAAAUCGUGACUUUGAUGAAUCCGCUGAGACUUCGCAUCUCUGUUUGCCCGACGCGGAGGAGACUGUUCUGUUUCGUACAGUGUGUGCUGCCAAUUCACCAACGCCAAGCAAUAUGCUGGAACCAGUCGAUGAGCUGCAUGAGGCGGAUACCACUUCUGCAAUUGAUCAGCAGCCUCUGGAGCGGAACUGGUCAGUGCAACCUGAUGCGAUUACCUUUGAUUUGUCUGGUGGCAGCAAUGCAAUAGACGUAAAAAAGAUUUUUAUAAAGAAUAGCUUCAGAUCGCGCCAAUUUAUUGAGAUCAAUUGCAAUGUACGAGAUUUUCUGCAUAUUUCUCCAAGCGAAUCUUAUAUUACACCAGACGGUGGACAUGUCGAUGUUACAGUUCGUCCACUGCGCUCUCUACGGCGGGAAAUGCUUAAAAAAGAUUUCCAGGUCUUCAUUGAGGUGUCCAUGGAAAAUGAACGAAUCAAUGUGCCCGUUAGUUUUAAAGUUUAAGUCUUUAUUAAUUUUACUGUGUCUUCAUUUUAUUGAUGUUAUAAUUUAGUUAUGUUGUAAGAAUAACACAUUGUACUUUAUAAUUAAUUCUUUCUGUUUGUCAUAAUUUAAUAAACGUGCAUCUUAAAUUUAAA